AGGUCCUAGACAAGCUAAAGGUGGAACGCGAGCGGGGUAUCACUGGUGGGCCAUCUAUAGUUGUGGAUCUGCUUCAGUUGAAGAUGAUUAACUUCGUGAAGUCAAGGCACAGACAGCAAGUAUGAUACACAUGGCUCAUGGGAAACAGCACUUGCUCAAUCUCAUCGACACCCCUGGCCAUGUUGACUUUGCUUGGGAGGUUUCACGAUCCUUGGCUGCAUGUCAAGGCGCUCUACUACUGGUAGACGCCUCGCAGGGUGUUCAGGCGCAGUCAAUUUCUGUCUUUCACAUCGCGAAGGAGCGAGGAUUAAAGAUUAUCCCAGUCUUGACCAAGAUUGACUUGCCCGCAUCACAGCCGGAACGAAUGGCCGCUCAACUCCAGUCAACUUUUGGCAUUGUCCCGAGUGAAAUUCUCCAUAUAUCCGCGAAAACUGGCCAAGGAGUAGAAGCAGUUCUAAGGGCUAUCGUGGACCGCAUACCACCUCCUUCUGGAAAUAUAAACUCCCCUCUCAAGGCCUUUAUGUUUGACUCACUAUAUGACCGUUACAGGGGUGUCAUUUCCCUCGUCAGCAUACAAGAUGGCAUCAUUCAAAAAGGGGACAAGAUUGCGUCUUGUCAUACCCGAAAGAAAUAUGAGAUCACUGAAGUUGGCGUGAUGCACCCUGAAGAGGUUCCAACGUCGAGUCUACAGCCUGGACAAGUUGGCUACAUAGCGUGUAACAUGAAAGAGUCUUCUGAGGCUCAUAUUGGAGACACACUCCAUCGCGUCGGCGCACUUGUUGAUCCUAUGCCUGGAUUCCAGCCGUCUAAGGCUAUGGUCUACGCCGGUGUAUUCCCAGUGGAUAGCAAUGACUUCAUUAAGCUCGAGGAAUCCAUCAAGAGGCUUACCCUGACGGACAGGAGCGUGACUAUCCAACGCGAGUCCUCUACCGCGUUGGGGCAAGGGUGUCGCCUUGGCUUCCUUGGGACACUGCACAUGGAUGUUUUCCGACAGCGUCUAGAAGAUGAGUAUGAUGCAAACAUAAUAAUAACUGCUCCAACCGUCCCAUAUAAAAUUAUAUACAAGGACAAAACAGUUAUGAUCAGUAAUCCUACGGAGUUCCCGGACACAUCGGAUACAUCCUGCAAAGUGAAACAAGUGCAAGAACCUGUCGUAAACGCUUCUAUCAUUGUGCCCGAAGAAUAUAUGGGGGAGAUGAUGAACCUUUGCUUUGCGCACCGUGCCGAGAACCUUGACCACCGAUACCUGGAUUCAGGAAGCACUUCAGAAGCGUCUGCGCGAGCCAUCUUGACGUGCACAUUGCCCCUCAGUGAAAUUGUCACAGAUUUCUUUGAUCAACUGAAGAGCCGGAGCUCAGGCUAUGCCAGUUUUGACUAUGAAGAUGGCGGGUAUAAAACCAGCGACCUCGCGAAGAUGGUCUUCCUUCUGAAUGGGAAACCAGUGGACGCACUCGCUCUUAUAGUCCAUCGGUCGGCUCAACACGAAGUUGGCCGAAAGUGGGUCAAGAAGCUUCAUAAAGUGAUCCCUCGUCAGCUAUUCGAAGUUCCGAUACAGGCUGCGGUCGGCAAGAAAAUUAUCGCUCGCGAGACUUUAUCAGCAAUGCGUGCAGACGUCACUGCUGGGCUCUAUGGAGGCCACUACGAGCGCAAAAUGAAACAUCUGGAAAAUCAAAAGGAGAGCAAGCGAAAGAUGAAGCGCAUUGGAUCCGUUGACCUCCCCCAAGAUGCUUUUUUCGAUAUAUUGAGCACCAAGAGCAACUAAACGGCGAGUGGUAUGCUCAAGUGGUGAUGCAAAUACACUGUCUGCAGCAUGUUUGGUCUACAUGACUCUGCUACAGUUCGUAAUCCUCAUCGUC